AGACUUUUGGUGAUCAUUUGCUACAAGCUGUCAUGACACUUAUUUAUUUAUUUAUUUUGUUAUCUCUUUCUUCCCCUUAAUUUGAGUUGUGUGUGUGUCAUGUGAGAGUAGAAACUUCUCUAUAAAUGAGGUCCAAGAAGAGAUGUUCUUGGCAGUGCCUUAUCUCCCCCUAAUCUUUCCUAAAAUAUCACUUUAUACUCCAAAUUAUACCCCCAAAAAUUCAUCCUAAUGGGUGAUCUAUAUGGAAAGCUGGAAACGGAUGUGCCAAUUAAAGCUUCCGCUUCAAUGUUUCAUGAAAUAUUUCACAAGAAACCUCAUCAUAUCUCCAAUGCCUCUACUGACAAAAUACACGGUGUCGACCUACAUGAAGGCGAAUGGGGCCAAGUUGGCUCCAUCAUUUGCUGGAAAUAUUUUCACGAUGGUAAAGCUAGAAUAGCAAAGGAGAUCAUUGAACAUGUUGAUGAAGAAAACAACUCAAUCACUUUCAAAGUAAUUGAAGGAGACCUUACUGAACACUACAAGGAUUUUAGGCUUACAAUCCAAUGUAUUCCAAAGGAGAAAGGAAGUGUGAUUCAUUGGAUCUUAGAAUAUGAGAAGUUGCAUGACCAGAUUCCAGAUUCACAUACUUUGCUGCAGUUUUGUGUUGAAGUCUCUCAAGACAUCGAUAGUAUGCUUUCUGAUAUUGAUGAACCCUAGGUAGAUAGUCAUGUUGGCAGUGACAUGACACACAAGAUUUCAGUACUCAUCAUUUCUCAGGUGUGUGUUGUUCGUUAUAUAUAAAUAAUUUGGCUUUUUACUAUGCUAAUUAAAAUUGUCAAUUCUCUAUAUUUAAUCAUUUAUAUAUUCUCUUUGUAUUGUGUGAUAUGUUUGGGAUCUUCUUUUUUUAUGUGUUGUAAUAAAGAGCAGAAAUAAUAUAUUCUUCUCAAUGUGUACUCUUUGGAAUGUGAAAACUAUAUAAUAUAAGUAAUUUCUAUGUAAUUGUGUUUUA